UUUGAGAACGAUUGUGCUUCAACGUGAUUCAUCACAUUUCUCCGUGGUGCCUCUGAGUGAAUCACUUUUCCUGCCUUCACGCCUUCGCGUUUCAGUUUUUCUGAGAAACACGCUGCUUUUCGAUUUUUGUAAUGAACACUGAUAGCUUCUGUACAGAAUUCAAAAACGCCAACAAUGAACCUCAGCCAAACUCGGCCAGACGUCUGUCAACUAGCUGGGACAAUGAAGUAAAAGCGUGUGGAGGGUUGACAGUACCGCGUGUCGGCCAAAGGAGAAACUCUAAUACGCUUGCUCAACUUCUGGAAUGUCAUCGACAAUUGUCUUUUAAUCAAGAUCACUCUCAAUCGUUUGACUUUGAUGACGGCCCAAAAUCUCGCCCAGCCUCCCGAAGAGAUUCCGUCAGAUCUCGUCGACCAUCUGUUGCGGAAAUUCUGCUCGAUAGUAGAGUCACGAAAGCCACAGAUGACUGUGUUAUGGUAACACAAACGCUUGGUACAUCCACUACCUUGUUUUUUCAAAAGAACCCAUUGGUUGACAAUUUGGACUUGAGACCAUCGGCUAUUGAGAGGGGGCUGUAUAAUUUUGAUGACUCCAUCAAGGAAAUACCACCAAUAAAGUAUGUCGGAACUCCACGCCCGUCGAUCCAAAUGUCGACGUCACCUAGGCCUGCUCUCAUGGCGAAAAGCAGUCCUUCCAUCGAUGAGGGUGAUGGUGAAGUGACCCCUACUUUUAGUUCAAGCUUUCGAAAUAUUCCUGUUAGACCCUCGAUUGGAGAACGUGGACUACCUGCGAUGAAAUUCACACCAGUACUUGCAAACGGACAAUUGCAACAAAGAGGACGUACACUUCAAAAGCAACCACGAGCCGAUCCUCACUUCGACUUUGAACUUGGUAAAAUCAUUGCAAACCGAAGAAAAAUAGUCGACGAAGAAGAAACAAAACGAGAACGGGAAAAUCAAAUUCGACCAAGAAGUCAACACUCAAAUAGCUGCGUCAACCAACGACCACCACACUGUUUUGACGGUAGAGGCCCGUAUCAAGUGAAGAGUGGAAACGUAAUGGAGGAACUUCGCAAUCAAAUGGAAAGUGGUGAAGUGGACCGCAUAGUCAAGGAGAAGAAAACCACAACGGUGACCGAGACACGCGAGAUUGUUUAUUUCACGCAUCGCUUACCUUCUUCUAUCGCUAUCUCGACUAGACUAUCGCCAACUGGUGUUCCGGUACAAAAUCCGAAUCGUCGGUCUAUUACUGUUGAGGGGUCAUUGCCGGAGCUUCUAGACAGGCCGUAUGUGCGUUCAAGUCCAGGAGAUCACGUGUUGCCCGAUGGAAAAACGGCUACAAAAAAGGUCACAAUUCAAGUACCUGAUGAAAUUCCAACUCAACCGAAAGGCCACUUCGUGCACCGAUCCGCAACACCAUCACCAAAUAACACUUCUAACGGCCGACGAGAAAAAAACGCUUCGCCUUAAUGCUUCCAAAUUUGAUCCAAAAUCAUCCACUGACCAUCCGCUAGACGAUGCUGCUGAUACCUGUAGACAAAGUUGAAAUAAUUUUUUAUGAAUUUCCUUUUAAUUAAAUUCAAAUCUUUUCAAAUUCCAUUUUCCAUAAGCUAUCAGUGACCGCUAUUGUAACUCUUUUUUAAUUGAGAAUAAAUGAUUGGACAGA